CACCUAUGUCUGCUAUAACUUACCUGCAUUGUAAUUUAUAAUGAAGAGAUCAUCGCAUUACGUCAUGAAAUUAAUCUGCCGCUGGAUGGCGCUGCUAACUCUUGAUGUAGACCAGUAAUUGACGACAGAAGAAGAAAGAGGCGGAAGCGGGUGCCUGAAGUACCUGCCUCAGAACUUGUUUGUUGUUAUUCCCAUUAAAUUUCAGGAUGGCACGGUGGGGGGCAAUUUUCUCAAUAAUUGCUGCCCUUGGAGGAGCAGCUCUUUUGUCCUCAGUGCACAAGAUAGAUGAGGGACACACUGGCGUUUACAACAGGGGAGGGGCUCUGCUGACCACAACCAGUGGCCCUGGUUUUCAUCUUAUGGUCCCAUUCAUCACCACAUACAAGUCUGUUCAGACCACGCUGCAGACAGCAAAGGUGAAGAAUGUACCAUGUGGCACAAGUGGAGGAGUGAUGAUUUACUUUGACCGUAUAGAAGUAGUGAACUACCUCAUUCCAUCAGCAGUGUAUGACAUAGUGAGAAACUUCACAGCCGACUACGAUAAAGCUCUAAUAUUCAACAAGGUGCACCAUGAGCUCAACCAGUUUUGCAGUGCUCACUUGCUGCAGGAAGUCUACAUCGUCUUCUUUGACCAAAUCGAUGAAAAUCUGAAGCUGACGCUGCAAGAAGAUCUAACUUCCAUGGCCCCUGGACUCAUCAUACAGGCAGUGCGUGUGACAAAGCCUAACAUCCCAGAGAGUAUUCGUCGAAACUACGAACUCAUGGAGAGUGAGAAGACAAAACUGCUGAUCUCUCAACAGACGCAGAAGGUGGUGGAGAAGGAGGCGGAAACUGAAAGGAUCAAAGCUGUGAUAGAGGCUGAGAAAGUGGCACAAGUAGCAGAAAUCAAGUUUGAACAGAAGAUGAUGGAGAAAGAAACUGAGAGGAAGAUCUCUGGAAUCGAAGAUGGUGCUUUCCUGGCUCAACAGAAGGCUAAGGCAGACGCAGAGUUCUAUACAGCACAGAGAACAGCCAAGGCCAACAAGCUGAAGUUAACCCCAGAGUACUUGCAGCUGAUGAAGUACAAGACAAUCGCUGCUAACAGCAAAAUCUACUUUGGCAACGACAUCAUGUUCGUAGACGCAGGUGCUGCAGGGACUUCUAUAAAGGCCUCUGCAGCCGUGGACAUGGUGGGUCAGCAGAUCUUGGAUGUGGAGUAAGUGCAGGGAGGUACAGGCCCACCAGGAGAGCAGUGGAUCAUGUGCAGUAGCCUGGCCCAUAAGGUCAAAGGGCCUUUACCCUGGCUGAGAAAAAACUGCUGCUACUGCUGCUGCUGUUGACCAGGGCCUGUGUUUCUCAAGCAUCUCACGAUCUCUGCUAAACCUCAAACUGAAACUGAAAGUAACCUUCCCCCACCCUAGAAGAGAAAAGUAGAUCUUUAGCUUGUUUGGUCUGACAGGCAAACCACCUCCCAAAACAGUUGGUUGAUUUUUUAAAAAUUGUUAAUAAACCUGAAAUUAUUAAUCAGGACAGGUCUUGUCAUCACAUUUAUAUAUUUUUUACACAAACGUAUGGUUUACUUAUUUUAUUAUUUGCAAUAAAUUCUGUUAUCCUUUUUAUCUUACAAAAAAGUUCACCUUUUAGACUUCUUUGUGAUUUUUUUUUUUUUUGGCUUAUUUAUACUGUUUUUUAUGGGAAUUUCUUCUCAUAUUUAAGGUGAAUUAUCAAAUUUAGAGGACGAAAAAGGAAAAGCAAAAUCUUUCAACCUUUCCACAUCAAGUGUUUUCAAUGAUGAUUUCUGAAACCCAUGAAAAAUACAGGCCCUACUAAGAUACGUCACUGUAGACAAAUCACAGGGAAGAUGAAUGUAUAACUGCCUGGCUGUCAAACGUAACGUUGUCUUUUUGUCCAUUUGUUAUUUAUAUUCAUAAUAUGUUUUGUAAAAUAUUUCCAGCACAAGGACAUCUUAAAUAUGAAAGAAUUUUAACUGUAUUUUGCAGAACUGUAUAUAUCAGAUAUAUUGUUUUUCGCACUGUACCUUUAGUGGAGUACUGUAAUAAUGGCAGCACUGUUUGUUUGAUGUUUGUUUCAUCUGUUAGUGUGUGUGUUUUUCAUGAACAUAAUCCUGGGGGAGGCCGUUUUACACACAGUUUGAAUUUCCUCAAAAUACACUUCAAUAAAUAAUAAGAAAUACUCUACACUUCAAUAUUCAUUAUUCAAAAUGGUGAGGGUUUUGUAUAUUUCAUCUUGACUUACCAAAGUAAAAAAGAAAGUAGGGGUAAGAGGGCAGCAUCAGAGAAGGUAACCACAUUAUUAUAGAGUUCUAGUGUUCUGGUGGCCAAACUGAUCUGAUGAUUUUUGUAUAAUUUUCCCAGUUUUAAACCAGUAAACCACCAAGCACCCAUCCUUGUGGAAAGAGAAACCUCACACAUUACUUCAUAUCAAAGGCUGAAACAUGACGUCACUGACUUUUUGAGGCUCCUAAUUUAGCAUUGUUAUUCCUUUUAAACAAUGUAAUUCUUGUUUCAAAGCAAAUAGACUAGCUGUCUGAAUUAGGUGAGUAUGUUAAGAAAUGCUGUGUGAAUAAAUACCCCCUAUUGGACAGUUUAUAAACCUUUGGGAAACACUAAAAAAAAAAAAACUCAAUACAUGUUUUUAUUAAUCUGUCCUCUGUAAGAAUCAUGGUACAGUGUUGAAAGCGUGACCUGUGGCCUCUGGAGCAGGAACUGUUAGACAGUAAAAAAAAAAAGGAAAAGUUUUGUACAGGUCAGUUAUUAAGUCAAAUGUUAAGAUGUUUGGGACCAAAAUCAUGUUUGUUAUGUCUGAUAUUUUUUUUAAUCAUCUAAGCACUUGACUGCAUUUUCUUUAUAGAAUUAUUUUUGUGGUUGCAAUGUAGCAUUUCCAAAAAUAAGUACCCACAUGGGUUUCUACAGUAAUUCCUGUUUUACUUUCACUGUGGGGAACUGAUGCAUUUUAGAAAAUAAUAAUACAAGUUUUAAUCUUUAUGUGUGGGCUUAUUGGGUAAGAAUUAUGAGAAAGUUUUCUUUCUCAGUACAGAAAGAGACACAUUUCUUUUAUCCAAAGCCAAAUGUUUUAUUUCCUGAAUCCACUCUUAUCCAAUACAAACAUACUGCUCACCAAGUCCAACUUCCUGUUGGUCCUCAAAGUGACUUUAAAAGUAUUAACUCAAGAUUAGCAGUGACUUAUAAUAUAUAUAUAUUUUUAAUUUUUUUUCUUUGCACUGACUUCACUUAUGAGUACAUAAUUCUAGACACUGUCAUUGGACAAACCAAAUCAUUUGUGUUAUUCUAUAAGAAAUCACUGAUAAUUCUUAUACAUAUAUACUGUGUAUAUAUAUAUAUAUAUAUAUAU